CAACAGCUACUCGGACUGACGCAAGCCAGCGGAGGCAGAGGGACUGGCACGGAGCAGAACAAGCCUCUCAGCAGACAAUUGGAACAGGAAGCAAGGAAGGAAAGGGUCUUUCACCCGGAGGAAGACUGGCAAACUCAUUGGGAUUGUGACAAGACAGCCACACAGUAGCUCCAGAGACCACCCAUUAGGUCCAGUGAAGAUCAGAACAUGAACAACACUUUGACCAACACCUCCAUCAAGUGUGUUCGGGAUACCAGUGUGACGGCUGUGGUUUUCCCCUGUCUAUACAGUAUCCUCUUUGUAGUUGCCCUGAUACUAAACUCCCUGGCUGCAUGGAUCUUCUUCAGCAUCCCCAGCACCUCAACAUUUGUGGUCUUUCUCAAAAAUGUGGUGGUGGCCGACUUGCUGAUGACGCUGACCAUCCCUCUGAGAGUCUUAAGCGACGCCGGCGUUGGCUUCUGGCAUCUACGCGCCUUCCACUGUCGAUACUCUGCCGUUCUCUUCUACAUCACCAUGUACAUCAGCAUCCUCCUGCUGGGCCUCAUUAGUUUGGACCGCUACCUGAAGAUCGUGAGGCCCUUUGGGCAGUGCUUCUUGCAGCGGGUCCGUGUUGGUCAGCUGCUGAGUGCUGCAGUUUGGGUGGUCAUGUUAUGUUUAGCGCUGCCCAACGUUAUUCUAAGCGACCAGACGCCGCGCGUCUCUGGAGGCAGACUGAAGUGCAGCUCCAUGAAGAGCAAAGCUGGCCUGAUGUGGCACGAAGGGUUCAACUACUUCUGUCAGGUCGUUUUCUGGGGCACGCUUGCCCUCAUGGUGGUUUGCUACACGUUCAUCAGCAAGAAGGUCUACGAGUCAUACAAAGCCUCAAAGAGCAGAUCUCAGGCAGCCAGUCGCAGAACCAAGGCAAAGGUCUUUGUGGUGGUGGGGGUGUUUUUCAUCUGCUUUGCACCCUUUCAUUUCGCCCGCGUCCCCUACACGCUGACCCAGACCCGCAGCAUCGCCAGUCAUUGCCAGGCACAGAAUGCGCUCUACAUUGCCAAGGAAACCACCCUGUGGCUGUCGACCACCAACGUGUGCCUGGACCCGCUUAUCUAUGUGUUCCUGUGCAAGGUGUUCAGGAAGAAACUGACGGCCGCACUGUGCCGGAAGCCGCUUCACAAAGGUACCAUGGAGUCUGCCACGGCAACGUCAACUCAAGUAGAGAUGUCACAAAUAGCCCACAGUAACAGACUGUCAUAUAAUGGCAUGCUGCAACACAGUGGACAAUACACAAUGGAGGACAAUUAAUAACUGUUAUAGUCCGGGUGAGAUGAGAGGCUGCCUGGUGUUUUACUUGUAAAUAACUUUUCUUUUCUUGAUGACGGGAUGUAAAAAAAUAUAAGUAAUAACGCAAAGUUAUCAAAAUGUGACGCAUGAAUAUUGUUGUGCAACAGAAAAAAAAAAAAAAGUCCAAAAUUACCAGCAGCGGCCAUAAAGUUUGAUGCCAUCAGCGAAGACUGUUUCUGAUACAGUACUAACCAAGCACUUCUGCCCCGUAUUUGCCAAGUCAUCCGACACAUUUCCUUCAUUGCGCUUACUGUCAUUUUUUUGCUUCCUUCUUUCUAAUCUCGCUCAAACUGCACUUUCCCUUUGCAUAAUGUUGGCUAAAGGGUACACAUUUUGACAACACAGUUUUUCUAGUGAUUACCGCUGAGUGUACAGGGACUGAAAGAUAACGAAAUGAGUUGGGAACAAAAGACUGCAACAGAUGCCUCUUAUAGAAAACUGUAUAUCAAUAAUAAUAUUAAUAAAUUGUAUAUUUUUCGUACUACAA